CCCCCUCGUUUCCUCCCGAGUGGUCUCGCCCGGGCUGGGCGGGCAGCGGGGCGCGCACGUGGGCCGGGCCGCGCGGCGCAGGAUGCUGUGCUGAGGUGCAGGAUGGCUGUGUGGGCUCGGCAGGUCUCCCGCUGGUGCUGCCUGCUGAACUCGGCCCGUGCUGUUGAGUUUACUCGGAGGCUCAGGAGUCGCGGCUGCACCGCACAGGCCUGCCGUGAGCUUGCCUCGCUGGCUGUGCUGCCCGCUGGAAACGAGGAUGUUCUGUGGAGACUGCAGGCAUGCAGGCACGUUUCUGUAGGAAGCUGUUCCCCGCCCGACAGCGCCAGGGAUGGAUCCUUCUCUUCUCCCGAAAGUAACUUGCCUUCAGUACAGCUGGAACAAGGAAAAGCAGAAACAUUACCUGAUCUGAAUGCAAAAGCACUGGACGAAGACUGGGAUGACAUCCCACCUUCAUCUGCUUUGGAAGUGAUUUCCGAGGAAGAAGCUGUACAGAUCAUUGCAGAACCUCUUCUCCCCAUUCAGUCUUCCACGCUCCGAGAUUAUGUUGAUCACUCAGAAACCCUUGAGAAACUUGUCCACCUAGGGGUUGACUUAUCCCAAGUGGAGAAACGUCAAAAGGCAGGUCAGCUCUUACUGACCUUGGACUUUGAAAAAGAUGUAAAAAAAAUACUUCUGUUUCUUAAGGAUGUGGGUGUAGAAGACAAUCAGCUGGGACCUUUCCUGACCAAAAAUCCAUAUAUCCUUGCUGAAGACCUGGAAUCUUUAGAAACCAGAGUGGCUUACCUAAAAUCAAAAAAAUUUGGUAAGUCAGAAAUUGCUCAGAUGGUCUCAAGAGCUCCAUAUUUGCUGUUGUUUUCAGUGGAAAGACUGGAUAACAGACUGGGUUUCUUCAAAAAUGAACUUGGUCUCAGUGCAAAAAAGACAAAGGAUCUGGUAAUUCGUCUUCCAAGGCUACUGACUGGCAAAUUGGAGCCUGUAAAAGAAAAUCUUCAGGUUUGUCAAAUUGAACUUGGUUUUCAACGUAAUGAAAUUCAACAGAUUGUGUAUAAAACUCCCAAGAUUUUAACUGCAAGUAAAAAGAGACUCAAACAGACAUUUGACUACUUACACAACAUAAUGGGUAUUCCCCACCACAUGCUUACUCGCUUUCCUCAGGUUUUCAACUCAAAGCUAUUACGGAUCAGAGAGAGGCAUAUGUUUCUUGCAUUCUUGGGAAGGGCCCAGUAUGACCCAGCACAACCCAGCUACAUCUCUCUGGAUCAGCUAGUAUCCUUGCCUGAUGAGGUGUUUUGUACAGAGAUGGCCAAAGCUUCUAUGCAGGACUUUGAAAAGUUCUUAAAAACACUUUAAUUUUUUACAUGUGUUACUAAUUAUAGAAUUAAGUUAGGAAAUAAACAUACUUUAUAAAACUACUUCCCUUUAAGGUCUCUUAAGUUUUUAAUUACUGGUUUAAGAAGUGUGUAGGAUUUAAAGGCUCACAGUAAUACUGAUAGUAACUUAAAAACAUAUUUCAGAAGGAUUGAGUGAAUAUGUUGAUUGCUACUAAUGCAAGCCUUGUAAUUAAUCUCUAACUUAAUUCAGAGUGGAUGAUGCAGCAUGCUAACUGAAAGGUAAAUUCGGAUGGAUUCUUCUUUUUUACUUUUGAUAAUGGCAGAAUUUUGGGAGAUUGGAAAACUGGCUAGUGAUUUAUUCCCUGUCUUGCCCUCUGUUGUCUUCUUUCACCCUCUUCCCCAAAAGUUAGGAUAGCAAGAUACUGGGGUAGUGAGGUAGUGUUGUGUUUACCUGCUUGAGGUAAUAAUGUUAUUAUUUUCCUUGUAAGGUAGAAAGAAUCACACCAUCACAUGUGUGAAGCUCCUCAUACAGAAAGGAACUCUUUCAAUAGGUUACAAAGGUGUUUCCUUGUGAAGCUGGCUGCCGAAAUUAGUAUCCUAAAAGCUGGUUAGCAAUGUAAAAAAAGAAAACCAGCAAACUGAAUUUAGUCAAAUUAUAGAAAGAAAAUAAAACUGUUAGUGUCCCUGAAAUCUAGAAGGACAUUAUUUUAGUUACUUUUCCCCUUGUUCAGUUUUUUCCCCCGCAUACCAAUGAGAUUUGUGUGGCUUUAAUAUACAAGUAAAGAUAUGAAUAGAGGCUGUAGUAUAUAUUAAGGUGAUAGAGUUAAUCUGUUGUAAAAGCUGAAGUAAAUGCUGACAUUGGGCAUCAUGGGAGUAUUAAAAAUACUUAAUCUUAUCAUUAAACAAAGCACUUUAAUACCAAAUUAUCAAAUGCUUCCCACUGUAUGUGGGAAAAAUUAAAAAGCUGCCUAAAUCCACACACAAACUGUCUGAUAUUGUUUAGAAGUUUCCAUUCCUUCAGUAAAAACAGUUCAGGAAACUGAAAUGCAGAUGUUUUAAUUUGGAUUGAAGUUUAUUUAAUGAAAAACCUCUACAUUUUAAAACUUCAUUGUUGAAGCUAAAACUAGCAAUUUUUAUGCACACAGCAGAAUAAAAUUCAAAAGGUUAAAUUCUACUAAUAGGUGGGAAAUAAAGUAAGGUUAAAGAGAUUUAAAGAAUGAGAAUAGUAGUGAUCUCUGGAUUAUGACUUUGGAUAAAUUCUUAUUGAUCCAAAUUAAGAAUUUGAAAAAGAAGUGCUUGAAACACAUUGAAAAACCACAUUCAUUGUCUGCAAUAUAUAUCUGAGAUGCUCUCUUUUGUCUUUUUUCUCAUGUUUCCUAUUCCAUUGGCCUGGGAUGAUUGAAAUCCUCUAUUAAAUAGACUGUUCUUGGUGGAGAUACAUAACAAAUUUCAUGGUGGCUGAAAUGUGAUGGCUAAGCACUUUCCCCCAUUUCCUUCUGUUAAAUAAAAGUAUCCAAGCCCAAUAUGCUUAUUUGGAUUUUUGAUUGUAUGAAAUGCUAAUAAGAAACUGUAAUCUUCAAACAAUCUUGUAAAAAAUAAUGUUUAUAGUAAAAAUGUUAAUAGGAAGUAUGUGGGUUCAUGUUUGAGUUAACUUUUGCAGAUUUGCUCCACUAGCCUUAUUACUAUGUAUUACCAUGUCAUAAAGCAUUGUAAUAGAAAUUAUAUUGCAAAGUGUGUAUAUUUUGGAUGUCUCAAA